UAAUAAGGGCACAUUAAGGGUUGGUACUCAGUUGCUGAACAUGAUAUGGCAAAUUGAAGGCCAUUCCUUCUUCUUAGGUGUUAGUUCUCGCUGGUUCCGCUAAUUUGCUGAGUGGCUGUGACAUAUUUCACGCCCGUUCGCCCAUUCACCGGUUCCUGGCACGAUCUGUUUCUGUACAGAAUUUGAUUAGUCAUGGAAAAAAACGCACGCAUAUUAAGUGGAAUCCUUGUCUUGAAUUAAUAUAUUUUGUCACAUAGGAAAAUGUUAUUUUUGUCAUGGUUCCCUAUAUGUGUUGAAUAUGUUUUACUAUCCGUAAUAUAAGCCAAAGCAGACGAUUUUGUGAGGGAUGUUUUGGAUUUGGACACUGCAGUAGCAGGUAAAAACGUUUUUAAAACGAUGUGUACAAUCUAUAACUGUAACAUCGAUCAUUUUUGGCUACCAUCAACAUUAAAAAGAAAAAAAAACAAAUAACCAUGCUCCUUUUAUCUGGGUUUAAGACAGUAUAAUAAACAUCUCCCAUGUGCCAGUUCGGGACACACCCAGGUUGGCGAUGUCUGUAGAAUCCUAACCUCCCUGUCGCCGACUCCGUCAUUUGACAGUCCAAUAUCAUAACAUGGGGAAAACCUCUCUGAUCACCAGAUUCAUGUAUGACAGCUUCGACAACACAUAUCAGGCAACCAUUGGGAUUGACUUCUUAUCAAAGACCAUGUACUUGGAGGACCGCACAGUCAGGCUGCAGCUGUGGGACACGGCUGGACAGGAGCGCUUCAGGAGCCUAAUCCCCAGCUACAUCCGAGACUCCACCGUCGCCGUGGUGGUGUACGAUAUCACGAAUGUAAACUCUUUCCAGCAGACCUCUAAGUGGAUUGAUGAUGUUAGGACCGAGAGAGGAAGUGAUGUGAUUAUUAUGUUAGUGGGAAACAAGACCGAUCUGGAGGAGAAGAGGCAAAUCACCAUUGAAGAAGGAGAACAGAGAGCCAAAGAACUGAAUGUCAUGUUCAUUGAGACCAGUGCCAAGACAGGCUGCAAUGUCAAACAGCUCUUUCGUCGUGUUGCAGCAGCCUUACCUGGGAUGGAGAGCUUGGAUGAUGCUAACCCUGAAGGCAUGAUUGACAUCAAGCUGGACAAACCAGCUGAACCCACUGUCCCUGAGGGCGGGUGCUCGUGUUAAUGCUACGCUGGCAGACAGCUACCCUCACAUCAUAGGCUUGUUGUGUUGCUUCCUACUGGUUAGCUUCCAGUUGACUUUUCUAAUUGGAUAUGGGCCAUGUAUAUCUGAUUGGACGAAUCAAGUGUUAUAUUUCAGUCUUCAGUUGUAAAAUAUUGUAUACUUUGUCAAUAUGUAAGUGCGGGGAAAACACAAACGAUCAAAAAAAUUGUUUUAGAAAAUGAAAAAGGGAGAAAAAUUUAAUGAAACUGAAUUCUUUUCGCCGUUAUGUUUUGUAUUUUUUAUAUAUAAAAAGGGAAAGCACCAAAAAUGAUGCCUAACCAUGAAAGGAGAAUAGUGGGGCUGUCCAUUCCAAGAUGGCUGACCAUGUCUGAAUGUCUGCAGCACGCAUGCACGCUGAUCUCAGGCCUGUCUUCCGGGUCUCUCCCUGGAGCAGGUCAACUAUCUUAGAAUGUUUUAUAGCAUCUAGAAUCUCAUGACAUACGUAUCUCAUUUGAUAUUCCCACCAGAGUCAACUGACGAUAGAUUCACCAUAAACAUUAGCUGUGAAGAUGUGGCACUCUAUGAGUAACUUUUAUAAAACAACUGUACUGUGGUAAAAAUUAAAAAAAGACGAAGCAAGAAAUUGUAUUUCACAACCCCUAUGCCCUUCCUAUCCCAGUAAAACACACCGUAAUGCACUGCACUGUAUAUAAUAAUGUAAUAUGUAUGUCGUCCCUCUGUAGAAGUGGUCCUUGUUCACCAGUAUAAAUAAUGUAAUAAUGUUUCAUGAUUAAUAAAUUAAAGAUUAAAGGG